CAAACGAUUAGAGUUAGUUAUUAAAGACUUGUUAUUAUACUCAUCAUUGAGUGAGAUAGAAGGGGCAAUAGUGAUAAUUCACUCGCAUCACUUCGUUUCUCUCCCGCCAAAUCCCUAACCGUUUUUCUCCAACAUGGAAAACACCUUCUUCUUCUUCCUCAUGCUGAGUCUCAGUAUCUCCGCCGUUACAGUAGCGGCGGCGCCGCCACCACCUUCCUCUCGAGAAGGUUGCACCGAUCAGCUACUUCUAUUCUCUCCCUGUCUUUCUUACGUUUCGUCUCCUCCAAACAACCUCACGGAGACUGCUUCCACCAAAUGCUGCGACGCUUUCUCGUCGACGUUCUUGCCGAACUCUCUCUGUUUCUGUUAUCUCCUCCGUGAUAAUCACAUUCUCGGCUUCCCUCUCAACUCCACAAGGAUUCAAUCGCUUUCCUCGCUAUGUGUCUCACCUCCACCAACUACUUCUUCUCUCAAUGUUCUUUGCGCAGAAUCACGGACUCUUCCUCCUCUCGGCAGCGCAGAUAUUCUUGGUGUUCCCGUCACUCCUUCAGGAACAGGGUCAGCAGUAUCCAGUAGUGCAGCAGGGAAAAUGAUACCCCGCAACGGCAAGGGAGCAGGGACAACACCAUCGUUGAAUGGUUCGACUUCAUCAACAAUCACUGGUGGUGGAUACUACAAGCAUUUGCUACUUACAAUCUUUUUUGUCACGCUUCCACUCCUCAACCUCAACACUCUCUACUUUUAAUGCUCAGUAUCUUGUGUUUUACUACUUUAACUCAUUGC